ACUAACCUCAAUUUCGGUACUUCUUAAUUUGAGGUGAGCGUUGUUUUCAUUUGGUGUUAUUAAAAUCGUUAAAAAUGGAUAUUAACAUGAUUGACUUGAUGGAUUUAGAAGAUUUGGACAUGCUGGAGACCACUCGGCGACCUGAUAGACAUCGAUAUCGUGUGAAUCCGUUUGAAUUGAGUGACGAAGAUUUUAGGUAUAAGUAUAGGUUCUCAAAACGUUUCGGAGAAAAAAUAGUGGGUAUCGUACGUGAGGAUUUAGUUCACGACCCUCGAGGGUGCCCAUUGAGUCCUGAAAUUCAAGUGGUUUGUGCAUUACGCAACUGGGCUCGCCAUGAAAUUCAAGACGAUACAGCUAAUUUACAUAGUGUGUCUCAACCAGUAGUCAGUAGGACAUGUAAAAAAGUAGCGGAAAUUUUGUCACGGAAUUCCCGAGAAUUUAUUAAAAUGCCUACUACUUUAAAUGAACAACAGGAAACCAUUAGGAAAUUUCGCAGUAUUGCUAAUUUUCCUACAGUAAUUGGCGCAAUUGACUGUACUCACAUACGAGUAAAGAAAGUGAAUGCUGAUGGGGGUCAGUUAUAUAUUAAUAGAAAAGGAUUUUCUUCAAUUAAUGUACAGGUGGUUUGUGAUGCUGACCUGAAAAUCAUGGACAUUGUUACCAGGUGGCGUGGUAGUGUACAUGACUCCAGAAUAUUCCGAGAAUGUAGACUAAAACAGAGGUUUGAGGCUGGUGCAUUCUCUGGAAUAUUACUUGGUGACAGUGGCUAUCCUUGUACUCCUUACCUAUUUACACCGCUGCUGAACCCCACAACACCACAAGAAGAAAGAUAUAAUAGGAGCCAUAUCCGUACCAGAAACACAGUGGAAAGAUGUUUUGGUUUGUGGAAGCAACGGUUUCGUUGCCUAUUAAGAGGUAUGUUUGGAGAUAUUGAAACAGCAAAAAAACAAUUGUUGCAUGUGCUGUACUACACAAUAUGGCCAUCGACAUGAGAGAAGAUGUGUUUUCUGGUGAGAGAGAUAGCAUUGAACAAUAUUCAUCUGAACCUAUAGUACAAAGAUAUAUUACACCGUCAAUAAGGGGAAAUAUUAGAAGAAGACAGUUUAUUGAAACUCAUUUUCAGUAGACAUAAUACCCAUUUAUAAAGGAAAAUAUUUCUGCAGAGCCGUUGUCAGCUGUCAAAGAAUAACGACUACAUAUUCACCAAUAUGAAAUAAAUUCAGGGGAGUAUUGUGAUAAUAUUUCAUUUAUUGAGCAAAAUGCUUUUAUUUAGGCUAUAAAUGAUUGUGUUUCAGGGAAAGAUGCGGGGUACAGCACAUUCCACAUCAAUAUGAAGCUAUAUUAUAUAAAGAUUUAAGUGCUGAAGAGAUAUGUUUAGAUUUUUUAAUAAAUAUCGUCCCUCCUCUACAUUCACAGCCGGAUUUCCUUUCCAGAGGUGCAAGGGUCCACGGGGAGUAGGACUGUAUGAUAACUAAGUAAAUAGGUUUAGUUUUUUUUAUUAUAGUUUUUUACUAUUGUAUAUUAUAUUUCAUUGUUAUGUAAAUAAAAUGCAUAUUAAUUAUAAUUAUUUAUUUUAAUUAUUAAUAAAAGAUGUACAAAUAUUUGCAGCAAUUAAGUACCUGAAAAUAAUAGUUUCAUAUAUGAGGAUAUUUACAAACAUGUAUCUGAUAUAGUCUCAAAUAUUUAGUUUUUUUUUUUUAUAGGAUAAUGGUGAUAAACACAGUCUACCACACACACACACACACACACACACACACACACACACACACACACACAGUCCAUCUGAUGUUAAGUAACUGCUGUGGUGCAUAGACGUCCACAUCUAUCCUCGACUACAAAUCAAAAUGCAGAUGCGUUGUCACCCGUGUGGAGUAAGAUGGAAUGCCUCGUUUCCUGUAAAAGAGGUCUCUCUCAUACAAAAUUUGUACAAAAAUUUAUCCAAAAUUUGUCAAUAAACAAGUUUAAAUGUUUUAUUAAAGAAAAAUUUUAUAAAAAGGUUAUUAUAAUAUCAAAGAAUACAUAAAUGAAAAUAUUGGAAAUACUGGAAUUGAGGUGAUCGCCACCAUGGUGGUUCUAUUAAAAUUCAUUUAAAAAUUGUACAAAUAAAAUUAUUGUUAAGAGAAAUAUGUUUAUAAAAAAGUCCCACUGGGUUUCUUACUAGUUCUUCCCAGGACUGAGGUAUUUUCCGAACCAGUGGUAAAUAAAAAAUGUCUUUCAAUAAGUAUUCUGUAAUAAUCUAUAUUUAAUAAAAAUCAUUCUAUUCUAUUCUCGUUCUAUAAACUCACCAUAAUAAACAGCAGCAUUAAGCUGCUAUUUAACUUGUGUUUUUCUGACUUUCUAAUAAAGAUAUUUGUAACUCUAAUUUUCUAAUUUUUAGGUUAGCUAUUUUAAUAUUGUAUUUAUGUUCCUCUUCCAUCAUUUCCAGUUGUCUUUUUUUAAAAUCUGUGUUACUUUUUACAAUUGUUUGGUGUACAUCUUCUCUUCUGUAAAAUGAAAUGGAAUACUUAAUGUAAGUUUUGUAGUUAUUUUAGACAUUUACAAAGUAUUCUAGAGUAAUAAAAGUGCACUUAACCUUGUACACCAAUUAAAGAAAUAUUUUUUAAUUAUUUUUAAAUCAAUUCAUAUUAAACUUUGCUUUUAAUAUUUGAAAACAUGAAACAAUUUUCAGUGUUUAAAUACUAAUUUUCACAUUUUAAAAAGUAUGUAAUGUAUCAGACUAUGUAAUUUUUUCAACAUACCUAUUUUGCAAGCUAUUUUUCCUGUUUUUAAUUUUUGUUAUACCCCUAGUAAUAAUAUCUUUAUUGUUGGUUAUUUUCACCAUUUUGGCACUUUCUUCUGUAUCUGUAGUUGGAUCUAUCUCUAAAAAUUAAUAUAAAUAUAAUAGUUUUAGAAAAUUAACAUUUAUAAUAUUUACAAACUUGUAUGCCUAUGAUUGUAACUAUAAUAAUAAUAUAUUUUGCUUUUUAAUAAAUAUUCAAUCAGUAUUAUUUACCUUGCACAUAUACAACAUUGGGUUCUGGAUUUUCUACAUUUUUAACUAUAGCUGUGUCUGUUUUUUCAAAAUUAAGGCGAGGCUUAGGGUCAGCAACUUCUUUUGAUGUUGUAGCCACAGUCACUGGAUCCUAAAAUAAAUCAUUAAAACAUUUAUUAACAUGUUUUCCUGUCACCUGUCACCUCUAUUUUGCCCUUUAUUGAAUCAGGUAUUUUCUAUGUUGUAGAAAUAUUAUUAUGAUCCAAGACAAAAGGUAAUUUAAUAAAUUAUUAAUUAUAAUACCUAAUAGACAAAAAUAGAAAAUUAUAAUCGGACUGUGUAGAUAAUCUAGUAACAUGUGUGUUAUGAUAUUAUAUAGACCACUAUAUAUUAAUUUGUGACAUUUCAAUUUUGAAUAUAAUUAAUUAUAAAGAAAUUUAUGUUAAAUUGUUACUAAGUAUAUUAAAUUUUGAAUAUUCGGAAAAUAAUUUUGGAUUGUAAAUUGUAUGCUUUAAGAGUAGAUUUCAGAGCACUACCUAGGUACUAAAGUAAUGGAAAAUAAAGUUCUUUAAUUUUAAUUAAAUUUGUAAGAC